UCCUGUUGAUCAGCGAUAGUAACUUUAUUCGUGUAACCGCAUCCAUAUGGUUCCAGUCUGGAUGUGGAAACAGAAAUCUGUGCAGACAGGAGGAGAAAUAACAGCUGGAAACGAGUCGCCUCUCCCGGCGAACUUCUCUUCUUCUUCUUCGGUUGUUAUAUUUUGUAUUAUUUGAAGCCCUGCCUGCAGCAGGUUUAGCAGCUAAUUAGGCUACAAUGAGCUCCUGAAGCGGGGAUCGAGCAUGGCCGCAGACGUGGAUAAAAGCGCCCCGGAGAGAGCGCGCAGCACCGGGCGCAGUGGGCAGAGGAGUCCGGGAUGUGGAGCCUGGUUCCGCGGAGGGAUGUGGACCCUGCUGGCGGUCUGCGCGGUUCCUCUGGCUGGUUUUGGGAUAAAAUACUACCAGAACUCCCAGCUACUCAGGCGUCAUGAAGAGGCGGUUCAGACUCUGGGAGUCGAAGGCCUGUUCCUCUUCUCCUCCCUGGACACGGACCAUGACCUCUACCUGAGUCCUGAGGAGUUCAGACCCAUCGCAGAGAAGCUUACAGGGAUCACUGCGCCGGUGGAUUUGGAAGAGGAUGAGAUCGACGACCCAAACGGAGAGACUCUGGUUCUGGAGGCCAGCAUGAAGCCUCUGCUGCUGGACUCCAUGACGAAAAGCCGCGACGGCUUUCUCGGGGUUUCUCACAGCUCACUGAGUGGCCUCCGCUCCUGGACGCAUCCCGCCAUUCCCUCCUCCUCGUUCCCCGCCAGGCACUUCCGGGUGUUUCUGCCCCCAAAGGGCAAAACAGAGCCGGGAGACGCAUGGUGGGUGAUUCCCAGCGAACUCAACAUCUUCACUGGCUACCUGCCCAACAAUCGGUACCACCCUCCCACGCCAAAGGGCAAAGAGGUUCUGAUCCACUCCCUGCUGAGCAUGUUCCACCAGCGGCCUUUCAUCAAGUCGAGAUUUGCACCGCAGGGAACCGUCGCCUGCAUCCGAGCCAGCAGCGACUUUUACUACGACAUCGUCUUCAGGAUUCACGCAGAGUUUCAGCUCAAUGAUGUUCCAAACUUUCCCUUCUGGUUCACCCCGGGUCAGUUCACCGGAAACAUCGUCAUCUCUAAAGACGCCUCCCACGUCCGUCACUUCCGCCUUUAUGUACCCGGUAACAGGUCUCUGAACGUGGACAUGGAGUGGCUGUAUGGCGCCAGCGAGAGCAGCAACAUGGAGGUGGACAUCGGUUACCUGCCACAGUUGGAACUGCGGUCUAUAGGACCGUCCACUCCCUCUGUCAUUGUGGACGAGGAUGGAAACGUCAUCGACAGCCGAGACGGACGCAGCGAACCGAUCCAGUUUGUCUUUGAGGAAAUUCGCUGGACCUCGGCGAUCAGUCAGGAGGAAGCUUCCCACCGCCUGGAGGUCACUUUCUACCCGUUUAAGAAGGUCCCCUACUUGCCUUUUGCAGAGGCUUUUGAGCGAGCCGAGUCGGAGAAGAAGCUGGUCCAUUCGAUUCUGCUCUGGGGAGCUUUAGAUGAUCAGUCCUGCUGAGGUUCGGGGCGAACUCUCCGGGAGACGGUCCUGGAAAGUUCGCCCGUCCUCGCUCUGCUCAACCAGAGCUUCAUCAGCAGCUGGUCUCUGGUCAAAGAGCUGGAGAACAUGCAGGCUGACGAGCAGAACCCUGCGCUGAGCGAAAAGGCCCAGUUACACCUGGAGAAGUACAGCUUCCCAGUGGAGAUGUUGGUGGCUCUGCCCAAUGGAACCAUUGUCCACCACAUCAACGCCAACUACUUCCUCGACCAAACAGCAAUGAAACCAGAGGACGAAGGGGCAACUUUCAGCUUUUCUGGGGGGUUUGAGGACCCCUCCACAUCCACGUACAUCAACUUCCUGCAGGAGGGCCUGGAGAAAGCAAAGGACUACAUAACCCAGUAAUAACGGUGUAUUUCACAGCAACUGGCACCGUCGAGCAUUUUGUGAAGAUUUCUCCUCUGUCAGCAGCAGAAAAAGGUUUUUUUCUAAUUUUUUCUGCUUAGUUUUUAUUAAAUACUUUUUGUGGUAAAA